AUGGCGCGCUCGAAACCGCAAUUUGCGACAGCUAUACCAGUAUUGAUGUUAGCCAGUGUCCUGCUCUUCUCGUUGCCGAACCUCAUUUUUGCGAAGACGAACGACGGAGAUGCGUGUUCGUGCUUUCGAACGAAUGAGUCCUCGGAGGGGUACUUCUUGAACCAUCAGUUCCAUGAUUAUAGAAAUAUUGCUGGAGCGUCGAAUCCACCUGCCCUGACGACAGACAUGACAAAUGCAACGAAUGCACUUGCAACCUCAGCUUUCUUCCGCCAGGACGCGUGGACGGACGAGUGGGCUAUUCAGACCUGGAAUAACAGCGAUGUUAUGGCGAAUACUGGGGCUUCUGUCUUGAUGGUGAACACGCCCAACAAUAUAUACAUCGAGCAAAUUCAAGACGACUCCCCAGACUACACUUCAUACCUGACUCUCCGCACCGUCCGCCACGAAACCUUCCAAUCGGUGUCCGAAAUCGACUCUGCCGAGCAAAACUUCCACCACCUCUCGGCGCGAUUUCUGGCACGCGUGAUCGGAUCUUCCGGUGCCUGCGCGGGUCUCUUCACCUACCUCGCCGGCGCAACUGCCGCCAACGUACAAGAAGCUGACAUUGAAAUCCUGACACGCAACCCGCGUAACCGCGUCCAGUACACGAACCAGCCGUCGGUGGACCUGGCCGGCAACGAAGUCCCACAGGCGACAGUCAACCGCACGAACCCCGACGGUCGGGACUGGACCCUGUGGAACGUGUACCGGAUGGACUGGAUGCCGACGCAGACAAGCUGGUACGUGAACGGAGCGAGCGUGGCGAACAUCAGCUUCCAGACGCCGAGGGACCCGACGGGCCUGAUUGUCAACAUGUGGAGCGACGGUGGCGUGUGGACGGGCAACAUGAGCGUCUUUGACGAGGCCUUCCUUCAGAUCCAGUGGAUAGAGAUAGCCUAUAAUACAAGCGGGCCGUACGACGGGCUGGAGAAUCGGAAGGGGAAGAGAGGGAGGGAGGAAGAGGGGACAUGGCCCGUGUUAGAGAAGACGAAGGGAACCCCCGGGUGUGAGGUUGUUUGCGGCAUCGAUGAAAAGGUUUCUACCAGCGGGACGCCGGCGCUUUUGUAUAAUAAUACGGGGAUGGCGCCAGUGGGAUCGAAGGGGGAGGGGGCGGGAGUGCUGGGUUGGAUACCGUUUAUUGCGGGUGCUGCAGCAUUUGGAUCUCAGGUGUCUUGUCCACCUACCCCCACGCCCACGCCCACGUCUACGUCCACAUCUACAUCCACCAUCCACGCCGACGUCUGGCAGCAAGCAGCUAUGUACGCGCCUACUUAUGGAAGCUCUCCGCCUCCGCCGCCGCCCUCGCAUGCGCCCUUCAACCCUAACAACAGAGCACUUCCUCAGCCUCAUCAGCCAUCUCAGCCUCAGCCUCAGCAACAGCAACAGCAGCAACAGCAACAACAACAGCAACAGCAACAGCAACACCACACGAUGUACAACCCACAGCAGUAUAGCCCCAGUCCUGGUCCUGGGCAUGGGCCUGGGCAGGGACAAGGACUGCCCCAAUCGUCAUUCCCUGGGCCGCUGCCGAAUAACAACGGUAUGGCGCAAAUGACUGCUGGCGGAGGACAACAAUUGCCCGGCUAUCAAACCCCAUAUUCUGGCUCCCCCUACGGUGGUAACAUACCGUCCUCUGCUACGCCCAACCUUCCCCCGAACUUCAUGCCACCGUCGUCUGGUGGACCGGCUUUUCAAAUGAACCUAAUGAACAUGAACUCUCAGCUCCAAGCUCAGCGCAUGCCACCUCACCCUCCUUCAUCAACGCCUACACAGCCAGGGCCACGGGCUUCCCCAUUUCCUGGUCCACCCCACAAUACUCCACCAAACGCUGGUCCACCAUCUCAGUUUUCUACACCUCAAGCUCCAAACUCAGUGCAUAUCCAACAACAAAAUGCCAGCCAGCAAGCGCAAGCGCAAGCCGGGCAGGCUCAAGCCGGACAGGUAGUGACGCCGCUAACACCCAAAUUCCCAUCGGGAGCCCAGGUUGCUAAUGGAGUAGGGGGUAAUGUAACACCACUGAGCCCAGGAUCUGAAGCGAGAGAGAAGGAUAGGGUCUCGUUGUUGCUGGAAAUAAACUCCUCGCUGUUACUAGAAGUGAUACACUUGCAACAGGCUCACGCCGAAGCAACCAAAAAGGACGGACCCCCGACUACCAAUUCGCCGGAUGGAGCAGAAAAUGAGAAAUCCGAACAAGAGAAAGAGAGGGCCGAGAAAGAAAAAGCGGAGAAAGCAAGACCAUCUUCAAGAGAAUAUGCCGAGUAUGUUUCAAGCAGUCUGUCGGCGAACCUCAAGGCUAAUUUACACAGAUGUAUGCGCCGGCUGCAAUCCAACCUGGCAUAUCUUGCCGCUAUUGCGGACCGAUCUCACAAGCCCUCCUCUCAGAUUCCGGCACAUCCAACAAUCAUGACUGCGCCAGCUCUAAGCCUGAAGUCACCACCUAGAGCGACAAGCUCAUCACCGAAAGCCGAUACCAAGAAGGAUGAGCCGGGAGAGAAGCCCGAAGACGAAGGAAACAGAGGCGAGAGGCUGCGAGAACAGUACAGACAACUACAGGCACUGUUCCCGGGAGUGGAUCCGAAGAAAGAGCCUCAAAUGCAACCCGUGAACCCAGCACUGAGGGCUCAGACACAACAACAUGCUGCUGCACACUUGCAAAAGCAACAACAAGGACAGGGUCAACCGCAUGAUCCGAAUGCGCAGCAGAUGUUGCAGAACGAUUUGUUGAGGCAGAAGAUGAUGCAGCACCAGGCCCAGCAACAGAUGGCCCAAAACAUGUAG